AGCGUUUCCACAGAAACCAACCAACAUAAACGGGCGUCAUUAACGUUUUCACGUCGACCCAACUUAUACCAGUCCAAAUCCUUUGUUUUCGAGUAUAAAAGCUGUCAAAUAUGUCAUCUUCAGAUGAAGAAAGUACUGAAGGAGACGGUCUGCCAUAUCUUGGAGAAUAUGAAGGCGAACGAAACGAGAGCGAGGAGAGACAUGGACGUGGCAGAGCGAGACUACCAAAUCAAGAUACUUACGAAGGAAGCUACGAGUUUGGCAAGCGAAAUGGCAAAGGAAUUUAUAGGUUCAAAAAUGGAGCUCGAUAUGUAGGUUUUUACCUCUCAGGAAAGAAAAAUGGCGAAGGUGAAUUUUACUACCCUGAUGGCUCCAAGUACGAGGGAAGCUGGGUCAAUGAUCAGAAACACGGCUGGGGCAUCUACACAUAUCCAAAUAAGGACAAGUACGAGGGAGAAUGGGUUAAUGAUAAAAGGCAUGGUCAGGGAACUUAUACGUAUGCACAAACGGGCUCUACUUAYGAAGGGACCUGGCUCCACGGCAAAAUGCAAGGUUCKGGRCAGCUCAUUCAUGAGAACCACAGGUUUGAAACAGAGGUUUUAAUUCAAAACUAA